GUCGGUGCUGCGGCGACGUCACCACGCACGGCGCGUCCUACAGUGCGUGUCCCUCAGCUGCACGUGUGCACAGUGCGCGGGUCUCGUCGAGACACGGGGACGGCUACCGCAGUGAGACGCCGCCUGCACCGCCUGCACCGCCUGCAGUUUGCUGCACGAGGAGCGCCGAGCUCACUCACAGCCAGCCGCUCGGUCGUAGCCACCUCAGCGCGUCUCGCGGUGCCGGCGGUGACACAUAGAGCCCCCCUCGCCCUUUGACCCACAUAGGGGAGUGUGUGCGUGCGUCUCUUGAGGCUCAGAGUCCUUACUCCUCCACUCCUGCGGAAUGUUGCCCAACACAAGGAAGCUCGCGGGGUGCACGUUGUUCAUCACCGGAGCCAGUCGCGGCAUUGGCAAAGCGAUCGCGCUGAAAGCCGCCCGUGAUGGCGCCAACAUCGUCAUCGCCGCCAAGACGGCGACGGCGCACCCCACUCUGCCCGGGACAAUCUACACGGCGGCCAAGGAGAUUGAGGCGGCGGGAGGGAAGGCCCUGCCGUGCAUCGUGGACGUGCGGGACGAGCAGCAGGUGGCUACGGCCGUGGAGAAUGCCGUGCACACGUUUGGAGGAAUUGAUAUCCUGGUAAACAAUGCAAGUGCCAUCAGUCUGACAGGCACGCUGGAGACCCCCAUGAAGAAGGUGGACCUCAUGACGGGCAUCAACCUUCGGGGCACUUAUCUCACGUCCAAAGUGUGCAUCCCCUACUUGAAGAAGAGCAAAAACCCGCACAUCCUGAACAUCAGCCCCCCCAUCAACAUGAAUCCCGUGUGGUUCAAGAACCACUGCGCUUACACGAUGGCAAAGUACGGCAUGUCCAUGUGUGUCCUGGGCAUGGCUGAGGAAUUCCGCAGUGAAAUUGCCGUCAAUGCCCUGUGGCCUAAAACAGCAAUCCACACGGCGGCGAUGGAAAUGCUGGCCGGGUCUGGCAUGGCCAACCAGUGCCGCAAGCCAGACAUCAUGGCGGACGCCGCCUACGCCAUCCUGUGCAAGCCGACGAGUUUCACCGGGAACUUCGUCAUUGACGAGGAUAUCCUCAUGAAAGAGGGCAUCACCAACCUCGACAUAUACCACAUGUCACCAGGCCACCCGCUGCUGCCUGACUUCUUCCUCGACGAGGAGCCCGAGGACUUGGUGAAGAAGAUGGAGGAGUACGGUGGGAAGCCGGCAUUCAGAGCCGGAACUUCGGCCGGAGGCGAGGCCGGGAAGCACGAGGGCCCAACGCCCAUCGGCAAAACCUUCGAGCGCAUCCGCAACUUCCUUUCCGCCGACGUCGUCAAGUCCACCGGUGGCAUCUUCCAGUUCGAACUCUCCGGCGAGCACGCGAGCACCUGGUACCUGGACCUGAAGAACGGCGCCGGAGCCGCGGGCCACGGGCCGGCCCCCGACAAGGCCGACGUCGUCAUGAGCCUGGACAGCGGCGACUUCGUCAGCAUGUUCGCAGGUAAGAUAAAGCCCACCAUGGCCUUCAUGUCUGGAAAGCUCAAGAUCAAGGGAGACAUGGGCAUGGCCCUCAAGCUCGAGAAACUUAUGUCUCAGAUGAAAUCCAAACUGUAGGCACCAAACGUGCUUUGAGAGCCAUCGGCUGUGCAUAGAACCAGCGCUUUGUGGUUUCCGAAAGAGCUUCAGGAGGUAACAUCGACCUGACACAGGGGCAGUUCAAAUGAUGCGGACGUAAAAUUACAUGGCACCUUAUAAUCUUAGACAUGAAGGCCAUCGUGUCUGUCGACUCCUGAGUUUGUCAUUGUAAGCGUUAUUUUACUUGUCACUUGUUUGACAAAGGAAUACCAGCUCCUGGCAGUGCUGUGUUGAUGGAAAGUGGUAUUGCUUGGCAGUUUAUGCCUGUGGUGAGCAUCGGAAUUGCGUGCUUAGUCUGUUUAGCCUGCCUUGUGUGGCCUCCGGCCACCCGCUCUAUUGCGUGCGGCUGUCCCAGGUGCAUGGAUCAUUGUUAAUUAUCACCCCGUUCUACAUGCUCCACAUAUCAAUCAGCCGUGCCUUACUGCAACCACGACGUUAGUCUGUUAUAGCCGAUGUGCUGCUCCUGCUAGCGCGGAACGUGUCUACACAUUUUUCCCUAUUUGUAAUUCGUUGUCAGCUCGGUUAUAAUCACGACACACGCUCACAUCAAUUCACUGCAUUAAAAUGAAUUUAGCUUUUAGCAAUGUGUCCUUUUGUGCUCACGUACAUUUUAAGACUUGCAGCCCAUGUGAAAAACGCAUUGGGUUUGAUGAAUAACGUGAAUUGUGCUGCAAAUGUAUAACGAUGGGUUUGGGUGAAUAUUGAUGUCGUUUGGCUGCUGGGUGAGAAAAUGCAAAUAUAAACAACACCAAGCAGAAUGUCGAAUGUUAUACAACAACAAAAAAUGGUUGUUGGUGAAUGUAUUCAGCGGGGACUGAAACACAUUGAUUUUUAUUACGUUAUGUAGUAGCAAUUACUGUGGAAGUACUGCGUCUAAUAAAACACCUAAACCCCA